AUGGCGCCACCUAGCGCUAAUGGGAACCUGGUAAUUUCAGAGGCUAGUAUGAAUGGUAAUGGAUCUUUAAAUGUAGAAUCAUUGCAAUUGGAAACUUUGUUAUUACGAGACGACGAUAUAUUUCAAUCAACCUUCAAUUCCGAAGAUUACAUGGAAAGCUUGGCUCCAGUCAUAAAAAAUGCGAUAAAGACAAAUGGAUUAUCAGAAUUGAUUCGUAAAUUAAAUGAUGUUGUAAAAGAUAAAGAUGAAGAAUUAAACGAAAUAUCAUUAGAUUCAACGCAGGACAUUGACUCAUGUAUAAAUAAUAUUGAUGAGAUACACGAAGAGUCGUAUGAUUUGAACAGGUAUCUUCAGCAGGUUAGCCAAGCUCUUAAUAAAUCUGUGUAUGAACUCAUAACAAGCAAAAAAAACUUAAUUAAACAUAAGGAAGUCACUAAUAAGAUUAAUGAAACAAUCGACACACUAAAUUUAUGUACUCAAGUUCUAGAGAUAACAAACAAGAUUCACGAAUUAAUCAAACAAAAAAAGUACUUCAGUGCAUUAAAGUUAAUAGACGAAUUGACUAGCAUACAUCUUCCAAAGGUUGACAAUUUCAGCUUUGCCGUGAAGAUUUAUGAUUCUAUUCCACAUUUGACAAAGAUGAUUAAAGAUGAAGCUUUCGAAAAUUUAUGUAAGUGGUUAUCCCUGAACUUAGAACGUAAGUUAUUGGCAAUAGGUGAAGUAGUUUGGGAGAACUUGUAUCAGUUACAAGAAAGAUGGGAUCUGAUGAGAAAGAAAAAUUCUACCCUUGCUCCGUAUAAAGUGAACUCUCCAAUUGAACUUUCAAUGAGAGAACCUGGCUUGAAUUAUGUAUUAUUUGAGGACGAAAACUUACAGCUCAGCUUGUCGACAGUUUAUGAUGCCAUCUUAGUUUACCAAACUAUGAAGGAAAUCGAGAUUUUGUCGAAUUUGUACCAUAAAGAAUGGCUAAAGAAAUACAAUCGGAUUAUUUAUCCCAUAACUCUGGCAGCUACUCAAUUUGUAGCUGAUUUUCCAAACAUGGUAGCACUCAAUGAAUAUUUAAGGAGAAUAAGUGCUUUCUUUCUUAUGGAUAAGGAAAUCAAUUUGUCAACCAGAUACCAAUUACGAUCGAAUGAUAAUUCAAAUGAUCUAUGGGAAUCAUAUAUCACCAAAUUGAAGCCAACGUUACUAAAUUAUUUGAAAACACAUAAACUAAGCAUCGAAGAAUUAACGGAAUUCAAAGACAUCGUUGGAAACUUUGUACUAGUAAUGGAAAGUAAAAACUACAGGAUAAUUGAUAUUUAUGAAGUUUUGAUUGUAAUUUUUCGGGAUUAUUUUGCUCCUGCGCUUGUUCUUGAGUUUAGACAAGACUUUAUUGAAUCGAUGCAAUCAGACCACUACAUGCCUCUUGUGGUAACCGAUAAAACAGACUACGACAAUAUCAUUAGGGUAUGCUGGUAUCCAGAAGACGCUCCUUUUGCACCCAAAAAUGUACGUUCUAUGCCUAUCAGUUUUCCAUUCAGCGAAGACUACGUUCAUUAUUGUCUUGGUAUUAGAUCUUUAUUGGAAGACGUUUUACAAUUCGUAAGUCAGCAUUACAGUUAUGAGUUGAGCGGGUUAAGCUCUAUUAUUAUUAAUAAUAUAUUUGAACGAAUGCUUGGUGACGAGAAAGGCGUUGGUAUUAGUCAUGACAUACGGGAUUUUAUUGAAAAGAACUCAAACAACAAAGAGAUCACGGCCCAAAGUUACACCAACUUAGAGUACUAUGUCUUCAGUCUUUAUAGAAUAGGUGAAUUGAUAAAUCAUCGCUUGAGGAAGCAAAUGGGUGUUGGAAUAAUUAAUCAUGACUAUGUGUUUACUUUACGGGCAGUAGAACACUUCAAUAAUGUCAAAAAAUUUUCUGAAGCAGCAGUUUUCAAAAUGGUUGAUGUCAAGAUUAGAGAGUUACUUGAAACAGUUGAAUACGAAAAUUGGGAACCUGAGCAUAGGAACAAAGAGGCCAACUACUCAAUCAAAGAUUUUGCUUUAUUUUUGGAAAAUUUAUUCACAUCUAUUUUCUCAAACUUGCCAAGUUCCGUGAGGACCCUUGGUUUGUUUAGAACAUAUGACUUCGUUGCAGAACAUUUCUUAGAAAUCCUUAAAAAUGCAGACAGGUACAACAGGGUUGCAAUAGAAAAUUUCAAUUUGGACAUAAAGCAUUUGGAAAAAUCGAUGGCCGAACUUCAUUCAUUGGAAUCAGGAGGGUCAUCAGGACAAAACGUUGCUCUUGAAACUACAUUUACUGAAUUGAGACAAUGUAUUGACUUAUUACUAUUGGAUAAUUAUGAGGAUUUCAAGAACCCAAGUUAUAGGAUGAGACACUUUGAUAGAUUAAAAUAUGAAGAUGGCUUGAAUCUAAUCUCUAAGAUGCAUGAUGAAAGCGAAAAGGAUGAUUCUUCGAUAUACGAGGAAAAUAUGAAUACUUCUGCUCAAAGUUUGGAACUGCAAUCAGCUCUUUCCAAUUCUGCGGCUAUGAAGUUUGCAAAAUUCAGUAGCCGUUUCAAGAAAAAUAAUAAUCUUGAGUAA